AUGUCGAUUGUCUUGAGAUUUGUUAAUAGAGAUGGCUUUAUACAGGAACGUCUCUUUGGAGUUGUUCAUGUUAAGGACACUAUUGCAUCAACAUUGAAAUCAUCUAUCUUUUCUAUCUUAUCUCGACAUAAUCUUGAUGUUCAAAAUAUUCGGGGACAAGGUUAUGAUGGUGCAAGUAACAUGCGUGGAGAAUGGAAUGGAUUAAAAGCUUUAAUCUUGGAUGAAUGUCCUUAUGCUUAUUAUGUUUAUUGUUUUGCACAUCGAUUACAAUUGGCAUUAGUAACUUCAUCAAAGGAAGUCAUCCUUGUCCAUCAAUUUUUCACCAAGUUGAACUCUAUUAUUAAUGUUGUUGGGGUAUCAUGUAAGCGCAAUGACCAGUUGAAAGUUGCACAUGCCUCAAAUAUUGCUCAUUUGCUUAGUAUUGAUAAGCGUGAAAGUGGGAGGGGCCUUAAUCAAAUUGGUUCUUUACAAAGGCCGGGUGGAACUACACAUGCUCACCGUGGAGAUGCCGAUGCAGCUUAUGAGGUACUCACUUCUUUUGAGUUUGUAUUCAUUAUGCAUCUCAUGAGAAAAUUUUUUGAGAUUUCUAAUAUGCUUUGCCAAGCUUUGCAACUUCAAUCUCAAGAAAUAUUGAAUGAAAUGCAUCUUGUGUCAUCUACUAAAUUGUUUAUUCAAAAUUUAAGAGAUAGUGGAUGGGAUGAAUUAGUUGCAAGUGUGAAGUCUUUUUGUGAAAUUGUCAACAUAACUGUGCUGGACUUUGAUGCUCAAUAUAUUGCAAGAAGAGGAAGGGCUAGGCAUCAACAAGAUGAAUUAACAAUUGGGCAUCAUUACAAAUUUGAUAUUUUUAAUGCCGUGGUCGAAUCUCAGUUGUAA